AUGUCUCAGGAUAUUCUCACCAAAGAGAUCAUUGGGCAUGGUACUAAACGAAAGGGGCUGUACUAUGUGGAUGACUUCAGUAUGGGACGUGCCAAUAGUACAUACUUCCAGACACAUGGCAUUAUUCAUAAGACAACUUGCCCUCAAACACCACAACAAACUGGUGUUGCCGAACGGAAGAAUCGUCAUCUCCUUGAAAUAGCCCAUGCUCUUCUCAUUGGUGGCCAUGUUCCUCGUUAUCACUGGGAUGAUGUUGUCGUCACUGUUGUCCAUCUUAUCAAUUGCAUGCCAUUUGGGGUCUUGAACUUCAAAACUCCAUUACAAGUGCUCGUGCAACACGGGUCUCUGCCCUCUAUUUUGGUGGAGAUACCGAGUGAAGAGCUCAAUUGGAGUAGCUUGAAAAACGAAGAUAGUCAUCUAUGCAAGAAGAUUGCUCUCGCCCAAGAAACAAUAACAAUCGAUCGUCCUGAAUCUGGCACGUGUGAAUGUUCUCUGCCAAACAACGAUCGAUCGCCUAACCCUUGCGAAGCUGUUUGUGAUUCGAGUCAUACUCCUACAGACAACUCAGAACAACAAGAUAAAGACCCCCCUCUCAUUCAACAGUACCAACAAACCAAUCUUCUGAGAAUAUCUUUGAGAUAUCAAUUACCUUUCAAGCAAAAUCGUGGGAAGCUACCAAACUGUUAUUCACCUGAUAUUGGCAAGACAUCCAAGUAUCCAAUUGCAAAUCAUGUAUCCACUGAGAAGCUGUCUAAAACACUAAAGGCUUUUGUGAAUCAGUUGUCUGAUAUCCAUAUUCCAAUCAAGGUCUCUGAAGCAUUGAAAGAUCCUAAGUGGGUCCAAGCUAUAAAAGAGGAGAUGAAAGCUCUUGAGAAAAAUCAGACUUGGACAUUGUAG